GCCGGGGUGGAGGCGGACCUGAGCCAGCUGAGCGAGGAGGAGAGGAGGCAGAUCGCCGCUGUCAUGUCAAGGGCGCAGGGGCUGCCCAGAGGGAACCUCGCCGGCGCGGAGCCGCCUCCCAUGCAAAGACAUCCUGAGCUUGAUACAAGCCACCCUCCCAGGCAGCCAGGUAAGCCUCCAGAUCCAGGACCACCAAGUUUAAGUAAAAGCAGAACAGUAGAUGUGCUGAAGACAGAACAACGGGCACCUGGACGGAGCCCUUCUUCUAUUAGUCUAAGGGAAUCAAAAUCCAGGACUGAUUUUAAAGAAGAUCAGAAGCCAAGUAUGAUGCCCAGUUUUCUCUCAGAAGCCAACCCAUUGAGUGCAGUCACUUCAGUUGUGAACAAAUUCAAUCCUUUUGAUUUGAUAUCAGAUUCAGAUGCAGCCCAUGAAGAAGCCAGUAGGAAACAAAAAGUUACCCAGAAAGAUCAAGGGAAACCUGAGGAGCAGAGGGGCCUUGCAAAACAUCCAGCUCAACAGCAGUCUCCAAAGCUAGCUGUUCAACAACAAGGACCUGCCAGACCUACCCCCCAGCAAACUGAGUCUUCCAAACCAGUGCCUCAGCAGCAGCAACCUGGGGAACCAAAGCAAGUUCAGAAACCAGGCCCUGGUCACCCAGCAGACUCUAAGAUAGAGCAAGCGAAACAACCACCCCAGCCACGAGGACCACAAAAAUCUCAGCCCCAACAGUCAGAACCAACGAAGCCUGUUCAACAACAAACUUCUGCAAAACCUUCAUCAGGCCCAACAAAACCAUCGCCACAGCAACCAGACAAUGCUAGAACGUCAUCCCAAGCACCACCUCCCACAAAACCGUCAUCGCAGCAGCCAGGACCUGUAAAACAACCAUCUCAACAGCCGGCACGGCAAGGAGGUCCUGUAAAGCCAUCUUCCCAGCAAGCAGGGCCUCCAAAACAGCCUCCUCAACAACCUGGACCCGAAAAGCCAUCCGCUCAGCAAACAGGACCUGCAAAACAACCAUCGCAGCCUGGACCAGGGAAACCACCUCCGCAGCAAACAGGGCUUGUAAAACAAGUGCCACCACAGGCAGGGCCUACAAAACCAUCUUCUCAAACUGCAGGGGCCACAAAGCCCCCGGCACAACAACCAGGACUUACAAAACCACCAGGCCAGCAACCAGGGCCUGAAAAACCCUCACAGCAAAAGCAAGCCGGUGCAACCCAGCCCCCUGAGCCUGCCCCAAAGAAAACCUUCUGUCCUCUUUGCACAACCACUGAACUGCUGCUGCAUGCUCCAGAAAAGGCCAAUUACAACACGUGCACACAAUGUCACACUGUAGUCUGCAGCCUGUGUGGAUUUAAUCCUAAUCCUCAUAUAACAGAGAUCAAGGAAUGGCUCUGUUUAAACUGCCAGAUGCAAAGAGCGUUAGGUGGUGACCUAGCACCAGGCCGUGGUCCUGGGCCGCAGCCACCUCCACCCAAACAGAAGACACUCAUUCCACCUUCAACAGCUAAACCAUCUCCCCAGCCACAUCCAGUUCAAAAGAAAGAUGCUUCUCCAAAACCUGAUCCUUUGCAGCUAGCAGAAUCGAAAAAAACCCUGCCACAGAAAAAGCAACCGUCCUUGCCUGGGUCUCCUCCUGUAAAAUCAAAACAACCCUGCGCUGAGCCUACUGAGGUCUCCCAGCAAAUAGAUCCUACUCCAAAGUCUGAUCAGGCCAAGCUAACACAGGCUGAAGAUAAGCAAAAACAACCCAGUAUACAGAAGCCUACGACGGAUACUGUGCCUACCUCUGCAGCACCAGGGCCGAAACAGGAUUUGGCAGGUCCCAGACCUCCACCAACUCAACAGAAAGUGACAGAUUCCCCGAAGCCAGAGCUUGCCAAGCCGUCACAGGACACACAGGCAGCUGGGGAUAAACCAGAUUCCAAACCCCUUCCACCAGUGUCUCAGCAGAAGUCAGAUCCCAAGCUUGCAUCUCAGCCUGGGGCUAGACCAGAUGCUAAAACUCAAAAGCCUGUUCAGCCAACACAAGCAAAAGAUGAUCCUAAGAAGUUACAAACAAAACCAGCCCCAAAGCCUGAUACCAAACCAGCUGCCAAGGGCCCACAAGCAGGGGCAGGUCCCAAGCCAGCACCAGCACAGCUGGUGCCUCAACCCCAGCCACCUCAGAAAACUCCUGAGCAAUCAAGGCGUUUCAGCCUUAAUCUGGGAGGCAUCACUGAUGCCCCUAAGCCUCAACCUACAACACCACAAGAAACAGUUACUGGGAAACUCUUUGGAUUUGGAGCUUCAAUCUUCAGCCAGGCCUCAAAUUUAAUUUCCACAGCGGGUCAGCCGGGGUCUCAGACAUCAGCCCCGCCUCCGCCUGGUCCUGCAGCGAAGCAGCCCCAGCCUCCGUCACAGCCUCCAGCCUCUCAGGCAGUCCCCAAAGAGGCUGGUCAGGCUCAACCGCUUCUGAAAACUGUUCCUGUAAAGAAAGAAGCCAAGCCUCUUAUGACUGAAAAGUCGGAGCUGUCAAAAGCGGGUAGUGUUUUAACGACUAAAGGAUCUGAUUUAGAAAAGAAACCUGGUUUGGUUAAAGAUAGCAAGCCUCAGGCUGCUGAAGCUAAGAAACCUGCUGGGCUGUCGGAACCGGACAAAGCCAGCCAGCCUAAAGUGUCUUGUCCCCUUUGUAAAACUGGACUAAAUAUUGGUUCUAAGGAUCCCCCCAACUUUAAUACGUGUACAGAGUGCAAGAAAGUUGUGUGCAACCUCUGUGGAUUUAACCCAAUGCCACACAUAGUUGAGGUACAGGAAUGGCUGUGCUUAAACUGCCAGACCCAGAGGGCAAUGUCAGGGCAACUUGGGGAUAUGGGCAAGGUGCCACUUCCGAAAACAGGCCCUUCACAGCCGGUAUCCAAACCGCCUGCUACUCCUCAAAAACAGCCUGUGCCCGCUGUCUCACAUUCCCCUCAGAAGACUUCCACACCGCCUACUCCAGCAGCAGCAAAGCCGAAAGAAGAACCAGGCGUUCAGAAGGAAGUUCCAAAACUUCAGCAGGGGAGACUGGAAAAAACAUUGUCAGCUGAUAAAAUCCAACACGGAAUUCAAAAAGAAGAUGCAAAACUUAAGCAGGGAAAACUUGUCAAGACACCUUCAGCUGAUAAAAUCCAACGUGCUUCUCAGAAGGAAGACCCAAGACUCCAGCAAACAAAACUGACAAAGACAGCCUCAUCUGAUAAAAUUUUGCAUGGAGUUCAGAAGGAAGACAUAAAACUGCAAGAGGCAAAAUUGGCAAAGAUACCCUCAGCUGACAAAAUUUUACAUGGAAUUCAGAAAGAAGACCCAAAACUCCAACACAUGAAAAUGGCAAAGGCACUAUCAGCUGACAAAAUCCAAACUGCAGCUCAGAAGGAAGAUGCACAACUUCAGGAGGUCAAAUUGCCAAAGGCAGUUUCAGUUGAUAAAAUCCAACAUGGAAUUCAGAAAGAAGAUCCAAAACUUCAACAUGAGAAAAUCAUGAAAACUUCAUCAGUGGAGAAAAUCCAGCAGGAAGCUCAAAAAGAAGAAUCAAAACUUCAGCAAGGGAAACUGUCAAAGACACUUUCAGCAGAUAAAAUUCCUGCAACAGUAAGUUCAGACCAAAAGAAACCCCUAAGCACAUUGGAAGAAGAUAAAAAACCUGUGCUCCCAGAAAAGAGCACACCACAUCCAGAGGACAAAAAAGAACAAAUUACAGCUGAGACUAAAGACCAUGUUGCUGAAAAGAAAGCAGAAGUUGAAGCAUCUUAUAAGGGACUGCAAGCUAAGAAGCAAGAUGAUGUUAAGGAGGGUUUGACAGCUGGUAUUUCACAAGUGGUUUUGAAAGAUGAAAAAUCUCGGGAAGAAGAAAUUCCUGUCCAGACAGCACCUUUGCCAGGAACUGACCAUGUGGAAGCAGUGCGAGAAAAAACAGAAAAGGAGGAUGACAAAUCAGACACAUCAAGCUCUCAGCAACAGAAAAGUCCACAAGGUCUGAGUGACACCGGGUAUUCUUCUGAUGGGAUAUCAAGUUCACUUGGUGAAAUUCCAAGUCAUAUCCCCAGUGAUGAAAAGGAUUUACUCAGAAAAUCUAAUAAAAAAGACACUAUUUCACAAGAAAGUCCACCAAGCCCCUCAGAUCUAGCUAAAUUGGAAAGUACUGUACUGUCUAUUUUGGAAGCUCAGGCAAGUACACUUUCUGAUGAAAAAUCUGCGAAAAGCAAAGAGCUUUAUGAAACGUACAGUGAACAGACAAAGGAUCAACAUAAAACAAAGCCUUUGCCCGUCACUCCGGAAUCUUACAGUUCAGAUGAGGAAGACUUAGACACUAUUCAAGAAGGUGAAGGAACCAUUGUAGAAGAUGGCAAAGGAAGUGCUUCCUCCCGGGCAGACUACAAGGAAGAAGAGGAAGGAGAUGACAUAUUGGCAAGAAGACAACGCUAUGAUUCUGUGGAAGACAGCAGUGAGAGUGAAAACUCACCUGUCCCAAGGAGAAAAAGAAGAGCCAGUGUUGGUUCUUCAAGCAGUGAUGAGUACAAACGAGAUGACAGUCAGGGAUCAGGUGAUGAGGAAGACUUCAUUAGAAAACAGAUUAUAGAGAUGAGUGCUGAUGAAGAUGCCUCAGCUUCUGAAGAUGAUGAAUUCAUUAGAAGUCAACUCAAAGAGAUCAGUGUAACUGAAAGCCAAAAGAAAGAGGAAGUGAAAAGCAAAGCCAAAGGAACAGUUGGGAAACAUAGAAGAAUGGCACGGAAAAGUAGUGCAGGCUAUGAUGAGGAUGCAGGAAGACGACAUUCAUGGCACGAUGACGAUGAUGAGACUUUUGACGAAAGCCCAGAGCCAAAAUACAGGGAAACUAAAAGUCAAGACAGUGAAGAACUUGCAGUAACUGGAGGAGGAGGCCUUCGGCGUUUCAAAACAAUAGAGUUAAAUAGCACCAUAACAAACAAAUAUUCUGAGGCAUCUGAACAACAGAAAGGUAUGUUGUAUUUUGAUGAAGAGCCUGAGCUAGAGAUGGAGAGUCUUACAGAUUCACCAGAAGAUAGAUCUAGAGGAGAAGGGUCUUCUAGUUUACAUGCUUCUAGUUUCACACCAGGUACAUCUCCUACUUCAGUGUCAUCACUUGAUGAAGAUAGUGACAGCAGUCCUAGUCACAAAAAACUGGGAGGGGAGAGCAAGCAACAGCGCAAAGCCAGGCAUCGGUCACAUGGUCCUCUUCUUCCAACUAUUGAAGAUUCUUCAGAAGAAGAAGAACUACGGGAAGAGGAAGAACUGCUAAAGGAACAAGAGAAACAGCGUGAAUUAGAACAGCAACAAAGAAAAAGUUCUAGCAAAAAAUCUAAAAAGGACAAGGAUGAACUAAGAGCUCAGAGAAGAAGGGAACGUCCAAAGACUCCACCAAGUAAUCUUUCUCCCAUUGAAGAUGCAUCUCCAACAGAAGAAUUACGACAGGCAGCAGAAAUGGAAGAGCUGCACAGAUCUUCCUGUUCUGAAUAUUCACCUAGUAUUGAGUCAGAUCCUGAAGGAUUUGAAAUCAGCCCAGAAAAAAUAAUAGAAGUACAAAAAGUUUACAAAUUGCCUACUGCUGUCUCUCUAUACUCACCAACAGAUGAACAACCAAUUGGACUCCCAAAAGAAGAAAGUGUUCAAAAGACAUUGAAAAGUGCCGAAGAGGUAUAUGAGGAGAUGAUGUAUAAGACCCAUAAGUCCAAGCCAUUUCAAAUUUCAAAUGAAAAAGAUGAAGUAUUUGAAAAAGAAUCUUUAUAUGGCGGAAUGCUAAUAGAGGAUUAUAUUUAUGAAUCUUUAGUAGAGGAUACUUACAAUGGAACUAUUGAUACUAAUCUUGUAAUGAGACAAGAUGAGAGCAAUGAAUAUAUACAACAGAGAGGAAAAGAGAAAAAAAUAAGAGCUUCAGAACAGAUCUAUGAAGAGCCACAGAAAAUUACUGAUCUACAGAAAGACUACUAUAGUGUUGAGACUUUACAUUCUAUUGUGCCUCAAGAAGAUAUUGUUUCUAGUUCUUAUAUUAUCCCAGAAAGUCAUGAAAUAGUUGUAUUAGACAGCACAGUAACUUCCACCACUGAGGAAAAGCAGUUGUUAGAUGCAGAAGCUGCUUAUGAAGAGCUUAUGAAAAGACAGAGAAUGCAGCUAACCCCUGGGUCCAGUCCAACACAACCAACUUCAGGUUUCGUUCCCACAUCUGAUACAAAGGUACCUAGUGUUGGAGAAAUGGUCGAUAGUACAUCUUUAACAUCAAGCACUACUUCAGCAAUCUCAGAUGUAUCACCUGUCAGUAGCACAGCACUUUCUAUUCCAGAUGUUAAAAUAACACAGCAUUUUACAGCAGAGGAAAUUGAAGAUGAAUACUUAACAGAUUAUGCCAGAGAAAUUCAAGAAAUAAUUUCUCAUGAAACAUCAAUGUUGACAUACUCUGAGACAUCAGAAGGUGCUGCAUCAGUUUUACCUUCUGAUACAGCUUCCUUAACAUCAUCCACAUCUUCGGUUUGUACCACAGAUAGUUCAUCGCCUAUAGAUAGUGCAACGACAGGUUAUGUAGAUACAGCAGAUGCUGUAAGUAAACUAGCAGAUUCUGAAGGUGUCAGGAUAAUAACCGAAGUUCCCUUAACAUCUACUAAAGAGUACUCUGAAGUGAGCAUGCCUUAUGAAUUUAUUGCCGAAGCCACUAAAACGCCAUCUGUAGCAUCAGAUAUGGAAAGUGUGGAUCAAGCUGCAGUUUGUUUGCCUGAAACUGCACCUUCAGUAGUGGCAACUACAGUUAUAAAACCCAAGCAAUAUGCAACUGAUACCUUUGAUACCUCCAAAGCAGAAAAGGAAGCAGCUAGAAAAAUGAAAAGUACAGUAGAGGCUGGCAUUGUCAAAAUUCAUCAUGAAGAUUCACACAAAGAAUUGGGUGUUGAUAUAUUAAGGAUUAAUUUGACUAGUGCUACAUCUGAGCAACCACCUGUAUGUAUAGUGUCAGUACCAGUUACAGAGCCUGCAUCAGAAACAUCUUCUGUACCUACUCCCAGUGUUGUAAGUAAGACCAGCAUGGUCUCUGUGCCCUCCUCAGCUCCUGCUGUAACAUCCAAAGUAUUCUCGCUUUUUAGAAGCUCUUCUUUGGAUUCUCCUGCACAACCUUCUCCACCCCUGCCUCCUCCUCCUCCACCACCUCCUCCACCACCAUUACCUCCACCUAUUUUACCCAAGCCAGCCAUUUAUCCCAAAAAGAAGUCACAAAUUAAGACCCCAGCAGCAACAGCUCCCACAGUGGUACCUUCAGUCACAAGUGUUCCAACACUAGAGUCCACAGCUGUAUUAAAGAAUCAUGUGGUACCUAUCACAAAAACAUACACCCCAACACCACCUCCUGUACCACCCAAACCAUCCUCCAUUCCAGCAGGGCUUGUUUUCAGUCACAGGCCUGCUGAAGUCACUAAACCUCCAAUUGCUCCUAAACCAGCAGUUCCUCCGCUCCCAAUAGCUGUUCAUAAGCCAGCAGAAACACAGCCCAAACCAAUAGGUUUGUCAUUGACUUCAAGUAUGACUCUGAAUUUGGUCUCUGCAGCUGAAUACAAAAUAGCGUCUCCCACUUCCCCUUUGUCUCCACACUCUAACAAAUCUUCACCAAGGCUGACAAAACCCUCACAGGAAACCUAUGUUGUCAUCACAUUGCCAUCUGAGCCUGGAACUCCUACAGAAGCUAUAACUAGUCAGGCUGUUACCAGCUGGCCUUUAGAAGCACCUUCUAAAGAACAGAUUCCCCAGCCUAUGCAACCAAUUUUUACUCCAUCCAUGAAAACUAUGGAAAUUCAAAGUAUGGCAGAUCAGAGUAUGUAUAUUUCAGGUGCUUUGCAAACUAUUCCUGUCACAACACAGUCAACUUUUGAAAAAAUACCUAGUUCAAAACCAGAAGUAGUAACAACAGAGGUAACCAAGACCUCAGUGUCUGUGGUUAAGGGCCCAGUGCCUGGUUUUGAUUUAGGUAGUGUUGCUAUUACUAUACCUCCAGAGCCACUACAUGUAGUAGAUCAACCCAGGUAUAGAGAGAAUGGAAGAUUCCAUCCUUUGGGUGAUGUCAUAGAUCUUCGCACUUUAACUAAGAUGGAUAUUGAAAUGAGAGACAGCUGUAUGGAUCUGUCUGCUGUUUCCAUGGACGUGAGAAGGCAAAUGCCAGCAAGUGAUCCAUGUGGGCGGCCAGUAAGUACUGUCCAGCCAGCUAUAAUAAAUCUUAGCACUGCGUGUGUUGCCGAUCCUUCUCUGUCUGUCGUCACUGAGACAGUGACUGUAAUGACCUGCACUGCCACUGUAAGCUACACUGCCAGUACGGACAGCUUUGUGGAUCUGGGACAUGCGAUGACAACGCCGCUUCAACUAACAACAUCAAAACAUUUUGAGCCUGCAUACAGAGUAGCAGGCAGCCAGGCAUUCUCUGCAGGUAGACAUGAAGUGCCAAUAAAUUUAUCCCUAGGUACUUCAACACAUGCAGUGACGUGGGCUACUACAAGGCCUGUUACUGUACCACCUGUUGGUGUGACAAAUGGUUGGACUGAUCUCUCCACUUCUCAGGAGCCGAUGGAGAGUGGAGCAGUUGACCUUAGCACUACAAAAUCCCACAGAACAGUAGUAACAAUGGAUGAAACUACUUCAGGUAUCAUAACAACAGUAAUAGAAGAUGAUGAAAAGCCUGUGGAUCUGACUGCAGGGAGAAGAGCUGUCUGCUGUGAUAUGGUUUAUAAAUUGCCAUUUGGUAGGAGCUGUACAGCACAGCAGCCACCAACUACACUUCCUGAAGAUCGUUUUGGUUACAGAGAUGACCAUUAUCAGUAUGAUCGUUCAGGGUCAUAUGGCUACCGAGGAAUGGGAGGUAUGAAACCAUCUAUGUCUGACACAAAUUUAUCAGAAGCUGGACUGUUUGCAUACAAAAGCAAGAAUAGUUUUGAUUAUCGAGUUGGGGCAACUGAUGCAGCAGUAGAUCUUACUUCUGGAAGAGUUACUACAGGUGAGGUUAUGGAUUACUCAAGCAAGACUACUGGUCCUUAUCCAGAGACUCGGCAGGUGAUUUCUGGCAUCGGGCUCAGUACACCACAGUAUUCCCAAGCAAGAAUGGUAUCAUCUCUGAGUUCCCAGUUUGGUGUUGGAAGUGUUUUAAGAUCAUCCAAUGGUGUUGUUUAUUCUUCAGUAGCAACUCCAAUCCCAUCCACAUUUGCCAUCACGACUCAACCCGGUUCUAUUUUCAGUACUUCUGUCAGAGAUUUACCUAACCUCCAAACAAUUGACUCGGUGCCCUCUUUAUCAACUUUGCAACAGAAUCAACCGCUCCCAAGAUCAUACAGUUUCUUGACAACAGUGGCAGCUGAAAAAGAUAGUGCAAUUACUGCCAUUGAUAUGGAGACAGGGUUACCACCUCUUACUAUAGAAACUAUUACCACUGAGCCAACCAACUUGAUACCUGCGUUAACUACAGCAUCUGAAGUUUAUACAGAUGUAAUUGAAGAUGAGGUUGCUCUUCUCAUUGCCCCUGAAGAAGGCAAACAGCAGCAGCUUGAUUUGGAGCGUGAACUUCUUGAGCUUGAGAAAAUCAAGCAGCAGCGCUUUGCAGAAGAGCUGGAAUGGGAACGUCAGGAAAUUCAGAGAUUUAGGGAACAAGAAAAGUUUAUGGUGCAAAAAAAGCUUGAGGAGUUGCAAUCCAUGAAACAUCAUCUCUUAUUUCAGCAAGAGGAGGAACGACAAGCUCAGUUUAUGAUGAGGCAGGAGACAUUAGCCCAGCAGCAGUUGCAGCUUGAACAAUUCCAACAACUUCAACAACAGCUCCACCAACAGUUAGAGGAGCAAAAAAUUCGUCAAAUAUAUCAGUAUGGUUACGAUCCUUCAGGAACUGGCUCGCCACAAACUACCACAGAUCAAACACUUUUGGAAGGACAGUAUGCAACCACAGAAAAUGGCCAGUUUUGGCCUACUGAUGAUGCAACCACUACGGCUUCAGGAGUGCUGGGUAUUGAAAUUCCACAAAGCCAAACAUGGUAUACAGUUCAGUCUGAUGGCAUUACCCAAUACAUACCUAGGUCUGGUAUCCUAAGCUCUGUUUCAGAAAUGUCUCUCAAGGAUAUUGAUGUUAGAGAGGAGAAGCAAUUGAAAAAGAGAAGUUCUAUGCCAAAAUUACGUGGUCCAUAUGAGGAGCUUGAGGAGACCCUGGAAGAAGAGCCCCGGUGCUUCAAAAAGAUAGUGGACAGUGGAGUGCAAACUGAUGAUGAAGACGGAGCAGACAGAGGUUACACAAACAGGAGACGGAGAACUAAGAAGAGUGUUGAUACGAGUGUUCAGACAGAUGAUGAAGAUCAAGAUGAAUGGGAUCUUUCUAGCAGAUCCAGAAGGAAGCCUCGAGUAGGGAAAUACAGUGAGAGUACCACUGAGGCAGACAAAGCUAAACAAUUCUCCAAAGUAUCUAGUAUUGCAGUUCAGACAGUGGCAGAGAUUUCAGUACAAACAGAACCUGUAGGAACAAUAAGAACACCUUCAGUCAGGGCCCGAUUGGAUGCUAAGGUUGAAAUCAUAAAGCACAUUUCAGCUCCAGAAAAGACAUAUAAAGGAGAAAGUUUGGGAUGUCAAACAGAGACAGAGUCAGAUACUCAAAGUCCCCAAUAUCUAUCAGCUACAUCUCCUCAGAAAGAUAAAAAACGCCCAACACCAUUAGAGAUAGGAUACUCAUCCCACCUUCGUCCAGACUCCACAUUGCAGGUAGUCCCUUCCCCUCCCAAAUCUCCCAAAGUUCUCUAUUCACCCAUUUCACCUGUUUCACCAAGCAAAGUUAUAGAGUCAGCAUUUGUACCCUAUGAAAAACCCAUCACUGAUGACCUCAGCCCUCAGAAGAUGCUGCAUGCUGACAUUGCCAAGGUUCCUCCAUCAAGCCCAAAGGCAGCAAAGAUGAUGCAACGCUCUAUGUCUGAUCCUAAGCCCCUGAGUCCCACAGCAGAAGACAGUUCCAGAGCUCAGUUUCAGUACACUGAGGGUUUCAUGACAAAAGGUUCUUCAAGCAUAACCCCAUCAGGCACUCAAAAGAAGGUGAAGAGAACUCUACCCAACCCACCUCCCGAGGAAGCAACAGCAGGAACUCAGUCGCCAUAUACUUCUGUGGGAUCAGUUUCACGCAGAAGGAUUUGCAGGACCAACACUAUGGCCAGAGCCAAAAUUCUUCAGGAUAUAGACAGGGAAUUGGAUCUGGUCGAACGGGAAUCAGCCAAGCUUAGGAAGAAGCAAGCAGAGCUAGAUGAGGAAGAAAAAGAAAUAGAUGCCAAGCUGAGAUACUUAGAAAUGGGCAUUAAUAGGAGGAAAGAAGCCUUACUAAAAGAAAGAGAAAAGAGAGAGCGUGCCUAUCUCCAAGGAGUAGCAGAAGAACGUGAUUAUAUGUCAGACAGUGAAGUUAAUAAUACCAGGUCAACCAGAAUAGAAACUCAGCACGGCUUGGAAAGACCACGUACUGCACCCCAGACAGAAUUUAACCAGUUUAUGCCACCACAAACCCAACCAGAGACACAGUUUGCCCCUGCUACAAGCCCAUAUGCUCAAUAUCAGUAUUCAUCUCCUGCCCUGCCAACUCAAGCACCAACUCAGUUCACACAGCAAUCACAUUACCAACAACAGCAGCCUUUGUAUCACCAACAGGUUUCACCCUAUCAGACCCAGACAGCUUUCCAAACAGGAGCUACUAUGUCCUUUACUCCACAGGCUCAACCUCCACCAUCUCAACAGCCGUCAUAUCAGCUCCCAUCACAGAUGAUGGUAAUACAGCCAAAGCCAAGACAAACCACAUUAUAUUUGGAGCCUAAGAUAACAACAAACUAUGAUGUAAUUCGCAAUCAGCCUCUCAUGAUAGCACCAGUUUCAACUGACAAUAAUUAUGCCGUUUCCCAGCUGGGCAGUAAAUACUCUACCUUGGACUUAAGGAUAGGACUAGAUGAGAGAAACAGCAUAGCAAGCAGCCCUAUAUCAAGCAUAUCUGCAGAUUCCUUCUAUGCAGAUAUAGACCACCACCAUACACCCCGAAAUUAUGUGCUGAUUGAUGAUAUAGGAGAACUUACUAAAGGAACGGGAGCACUUGGUUCCAGUUUUAGCCUCCAUGAGAAAGAUCUGACCAAAACAGAUCGACUGCUUCGGACAACCGAGGCCAGGAGAGCACAAGAAGUGUCAGACUUCCUAGCACCACUGCAGACUUCUUCUAGGUUACAUUCCUAUGUUAAAGCUGAUGAAGACCCAAUGGAGGAUCCUUAUGAGCUCAAGCUUCUGAAACAUCAGAUAAAACAAGAGUUCCGUAGAGGUGCAGAAAGUCUUGAUCAUCUGGCUGGCCUGUCACAGUAUUACCACGCAGAGGGCAGCUACAGGCAUUUUCCAAAAUCGGAGAAAUACAGCAUAGGUAGGCUUACUCUUGAGAAACAGGCUGCUAAGCAGCUCCCAGCAGCCCUCCUUUACCAGAAGCAGUCAAAACACAAGAAAGCUUUGAUAGACCCCAAACUAACAAAGUUUUCACCUAUCCAAGAAAGCAGAGACCUUGAGCCUGACUAUUCAAGCUAUAUGACUUCUAGCACUUCAACACUUGGGGGAAUUACUACUAGGGCAAGGCUUCUUCAGGAUGAUAUCACUUUUGGCCUUAGAAAAAACAUUACUGACCAACAGAAAUACAUGGGGCAACCACUGACUUCAUCCAUUGGAGCAGGCCUUGGGACUGCACUAGGUCCAACAAUGAGAUCCACAUUACAAGAUGAAGCAGACAAGUCUUACAGCAGUGGUAGUAGAUCUAGGCCCUCAUCUAGACCCUCCUCAGUUUAUGGGCUCGAUUUGUCAUUGAAAAGGGAUUCUUCCAGUUCUUCUUUAAGACUGAAAGCCCAAGAAGCUGAACCCUUAGAUGUUUCCUUUAGCCAUGCAGCACCUUCUGGAAGAACUAAGCCCACCAGUCUACCUAUUAGCCAAAGCAGGGGGAGGAUCCCAAUAGUAGCGCAGAACUCAGAGGAAGAGAGCCCACUAAGUCCCGUUGGCCAGCCAAUGGGAAUGGCAAGAGCAGCAGCUGGACCCUUGCCACCAAUAUCUGCAGAUACCAGAGACCAGUUUGGAUCGAGCCAUUCAUUACCUGAGGUCCAGCAACAUAUGAGGGAGGAGUCACGGACUCGAGGCUAUGAUCGAGAUAUAGCCUUCAUCAUGGAUGACUUCCAGCAUGCCAUGUCAGACAGUGAAGCCUAUCAUCUCCGUCGUGAAGAAACAGAUUGGUUUGACAAGCCCAGGGAGUCUCGUUUGGAGAAUGGACAUGGCCUCGACAGAAGGCUGCCAGAGAAGUUGUCCCACUCUCGACCACCAAGUCAACACCAAGAUCAAGUAAGCUGUCAAAUAAAUGGGAAGCCCCUGCAGUACAUUUUCCCUCAUGCAAGGCUCAAACUACUGAGAGACCCAAAGGAUCACACAGUUUCAGGCAACGGACUUGGAAUCCGAGUUGUAGGUGGAAAAGAAAUUCCAGGAAGCAGUGGGGAAAUUGGAGCUUACAUUGCCAAGAUCUUGCCUGGGGGCAACGCAGAGCAGACAGGGAAGCUGAUAGAGGGAAUGCAGGUGCUGGAAUGGAAUGGCAUCCCCUUGACUGGGAAAACUUAUGAAGAAGUCCAGAGCAUUAUUAUUCAACAGAGUGGGGAAGCAGAAAUAUGUGUAAGACUGGACCUGAACAUGCUCUCAGACUCUGAGAAUCCCCAGCACCUGGAGCUGCAUGAGCCAGUAAAGGCAGUAGAUAAAGCGAAGUCCCCAGGGGUUGACCCCAAGCAGCUGGCUGCAGAGCUCCAAAAGGUUUCUCUACAGCAGUCGCCUCUGGUUGCUUCCUCAGGAGUGGAAAAGGGAUCUCACGUUCAUUCUGGAACCACUUCUGCCACCUCCAGCGCUGUUCCCAGCCCUGGUCAGCCUGGUUCUCCCUCAGUGAGCAAAAAGCGGCAUAGCAGCAAGCCCACUGAAACUAUGAAGUCUGCUUCUCAUCCAAUCACUGGAGAAAUUCAGCUUCAAAUCAGCUAUGACAAACACCUUGGCAACCUUAUCAUCCACAUCCUUCAGGCGAGAAACCUUGCUCCCAGAGACAACAAUGGCUAUUCUGACCCCUUUGUUAAAGUUUAUCUUCUUCCAGGGAGAGGACAAGUCAUGGUUGUCCAAAAUGCAAGUGCUGAGUACAAGCGGAGAACUAAGUACGUGCAGAAAAGCUUGAAUCCUGAGUGGAAUCAGACAGUCAUUUAUAAAAAUAUCUCCAUGGAGCAGCUGAAAAAGAAAACACUGGAGGUGACUGUCUGGGAUUAUGAUAGAUUUUCCUCGAAUGACUUCCUUGGUGAAGUAUUGAUCGAGUUAUCCAGUGUUUCUCAGCUUGACAACACUCCUCGGUGGUACCCUCUGAAAGAACAGAGUGAAAACAUUGAUCAUGGGAAAUCUCACUCUGGACAGAGUAGCCAGCAAUCUCCAAAACCAUCUGUCAUCAAGAGCAGAAGUCAUGGAAUUUUCCCGGACCCCUCCAAGGACAUGCAGGUGCCCACCAUUGAGAAAUCCCACAGCAGUCCAGGGAGCUCCAAAUCUUCCUCUGAAGGACAUCUACGCUCUCACGGUCCAUCUCGCAGCCAAAGCAAAACCAGCGUCACUCAAACUCACCUUGAAGACGCUGGGGCAGCCAUCGCCGCUGCUGAAGCAGCUGUCCAACAGCUUCGCCUUCAACCAACAGCACAUAAAAGCGGUCAGUCUAAUCAUGCCAGGAAGCAGCACAGACACAGCAUAGCAGGAGUCCUCCCUAUUCAAAGAACUCAGUCUGACAAUCUGCCUCCACCAGCCAAUGACAACAAAGACCAAAGCCAACUAGCCCUCAGGAAAGUGAUGUCUGAUGGACCAGUCAAGCCUGAAGGAGCAAGGUCUACUAAUCACCGACCUGCAGAAAGUUCUGUCUCCACUGGCUCAUCAGCCAGUAGUUUUGGCAGUGGAUACAGCAUGGAUAGCGAAGGCAGCAGCAGUGCCACAGGAGAGAAUAAUCUGUUUCCCAUCCCAAGAAUAGGGAAGAUGAGCCAGAAUGGACAAGAACCAGUAAAGCAGUCGGGAGUAGGAUUAACCGAUGCAGAAGGUAAAACACAGGUUAUGGGUGAAAUCAAGAUUGCAUUAAAGAAGGAAAUGAAGACAGAUGGAGAACAGCUGAUAGUAGAAAUCCUUCAGUGCAGAAAUAUCACAUACAAAUUUAAAUCUCCAGAUCAUCUACCAGACCUGUAUGUGAAGCUGUAUGUUGUCAAUAUCUCUACCCAAAAGAGAGUAAUUAAGAAGAAAACCAGGGUAUGCAGGCACGACCGAGAGCCUUCGUUCAAUGAAACUUUUAGAUUUAGCUUGAGUCCUGCUGGGCAUUCUCUUCAGAUUCUGCUUGUCUCCAAUGGAGGGAAGUUUAUGAAAAAGACACUGAUUGGGGAAGCUUAUAUCUGGCUUGACAAAGUGGAUCUAAGGAAAAGAAUAGUAAACUGGCACAAACUGUUGGUCAGCUCCACACAAACACACUGAGCAGAGCUGUCUGCUUAGGGCACAAAACCUGCAGAGUCUGCUAUAAACAGCAUCACUCCAAGACUAUAGUUUGAUAUCAUUGUGUUUAGCUAGUCUUUCAGAAUACAAAGUAGAAAAGAGCAGUCUCUGGGCUACAUAGCACACUUAAAUGAGGGCUAGUACACUUGUUUUGCUGCCAAAGACAGCAAAGUAAAAGAAAACCUGGGCCCAGAAAAUAAAGUGAGGCUGUUUGAAAUGAAGACUGAUAUGAGGGCUCUGUGUUGUUGGACUCUUUGUGAAGAGAGUAACUGUGAAGGAAAUAAUGAAGGCUCGAAGGCAGGUGUUAAUGCAGAGUUCGGCUGCA